GAAUCCUCUAUCCUCUCCAUAUUCAUUCUGCAUCUAUCAGUGAAGCUGUUGGUUGGUUGAGCUCUCUGUCUUGCAUCUCUCAGCUUCUUUCCCAUAAAGUUCAAACCCUUCUAAUGGUGCUUUUAUAUUCCUACUGACCAGCUUGUCUCUCCCUCCCUUUAAUCCCCCCCACCAGCACCCACGUCGCCUCCCAUUCAGCUGCCUCUUCCAGGUAAUCCGGCUCCUGUCAUUCUCUGCCUGGCGCCUCAUACCAAAAGGAUGAAGACCAACAACAAGGUGUGGAUACUAAGAGCAGCCCUCAUGCUACUAUUUGGAAUACUGAUUGCAAGCUGUGAUGGUUCCAAACCAGUUAAGCGUCCUUCACCAAAACCCAAGAGCUGCGCUGAUCGGCCAGAGGAACACUUGGAACAGGCGUAUGGGCGACUGGCGGCGGGUAUGCUCAGCGCUUAUCAUCACACAUUACAGCUACAGCCACUAGAUAAGGAGAAUAUCAGCUGUCCUGCUGGCACCCAAGGCAGAGGUGCAGCUGACAGUAAGCAGCGACUGCCAGUUAAUAUUCACAGCAUCUCUCCGUGGGCCUAUAGGAUUUCCUAUAAUCCCACAAGAUACCCUAAGUACAUCCCAGAGGCAUACUGUCUUUGCAAGGGCUGCCUCGUGGCACCCCUUGGAGAAGAGAACUUUAAUUUCCGCAGCUUGCCGGUCUACAUGCCCACAGUGAUCCUGCACCGCACCUCAACCUGUGCCGGGGGCCGUUAUGUCUAUGAAGAGGAGUAUAUCACUAUCCCUGUGGGCUGCACCUGUGUCCCGGAGCAGAAGGGGGCAGAGUCAGAAAGCGUCAACUCCAGUUUAGAGAAAGAAACAUUUAAACUGCCUCUAAAUAAAAGUGAGAAGCCAUUGGCUAACUAAACAGCUUGGCUAGAACAGACCCAUGAUG